AUGGUUUAUUGCAUCUUGAACAUCGAGACAUGGCGUGUCGCAGGUAAUCAAUCACCACAAUGUCUGUUUUCCUCGCCUUUUAUCAGUGCUGACGAGAUUAGAGCACAUCGCCGUGAUCUGCAGACGUGCUGGGUUGACAGUCCCUUCCUGCGGGGCUGCUGCGGUGCCCUCAGUUGCAACUACUGUCCUCGCACCCAUAUCAACGAGCUUCGAGUACCACCCGAAUACGCUAUCCAGAACCCCGAGUAUCCCUACUCCGGCCGAACAAGUCUCUACUACACCCGCUGCCAAUACCACUACCGACCGAAGUUCAUCUGCCCGCAGCCCCAGUGCCGUCGCAUGGUCAAACCCUUCUACGACCCGGACCGACUAAGCUACGACUUCGACCCCUAUGGCAGUCUCACCGUGCGGCCGCUCCCCAGCGCCAACCCGGACUUCGCCGCCGCCCUGGAGCGAGAUCGGUGGAGUAGUCGACGCGCGACACCGGCCCAGAUUGCGCUCUGGGAGCGCGGGGGGGACCUGCGAGAAAAGGCUUCGGUGGACGGAAGGGGCUUGACGUGCGAGGAGGCGGAGGAGCUGCGGUCGAUGGAUGCGGAUGUAUGGUGGACGCGGUUGAUUACCAUCGGGAAUCGGGCGGAGAGUCAUGAGAAACGAUGUCCGUCGUGUGGACGGGGCGUGGUGCGUGUGGGCUCGACGUUUCGAAUCCCGGGGAAGCGGGACGAGAAAGGCUGGAGGCGGGUGGAGCGGUGGACUGCCGAGGGGACGGACAUGGUGGCUCGAUUUUCGUACUGCGCGACGGUGCAGGAGCAUGCCAAGAUGGUGGAGAGGGCGGUCGAUCAUUGA